GGCACUGUUCAUAUCCUAUUGUUAUCUGCAGGUGAAACACCCAUCUUCUAUCACUGAACCAGCGGCAAAUUACAAGUACAGUGAAAUGACCCGGAAGCUAGCUGUGCUGUUGGCGGUGCUGGUGAUCACUGCCGCGGCGGCCGACCUCCAGUCUCCCUCCGGCUCCCGGCUGGACCGCCGCUCCUCCCCGUCCCAGGACGAGGCCGGCGGGCAGAAACGAGCCAACCUAGUGGCGCUGCUGGACGACGGUGACGAUGACGUCGGUGAACGUCUCACGGCAGAGGAGGCCGAGGCCUUGAUGAAGUACCUAAAGGAAGCGGUAGGCGGCCUUCGCCGACCGCUGCACAGUGGUCGUUUUUACCAGACAGGACCUCCUCGUGUGGGCGGGACGGAACGGGGACCAAGCGUGGACGGGGUGGAGCGGGAGAAGAAGGCACCAGAAGACCUGUCCUGGCUGGCUCAAUCGAUUCGCGCCAGCAGGCCACAGAAGGCCGGGUUUAUCUUUCGCUACGGAAAGAGGGGUGGGGACGAGGGGGAAGAACGCUAAUCUUACAGCUACAAUCUUUGUUCAAUGGCGGCAAGACGGGAGAAACAAUAGGUACAAAAUAGAGCUCUGGGUACAAAAAUUGUUCACAACUCGGUCUC